UGCCCGUUUCCAUAGAGACACAACAGACACAUCAUAGAGAAACACAACAGAGCUAUUUCACACAGAUCUAGUCCAGGACAGGUAAAGAAUGAGGGUUAUUGUAGCUCUGCUGGUGUUGCUGUGCUUGGGUCUGAUUGGGGCAGAGAUACAGAACAUAGUCACAGAGAAUGAGAUCAGUUCAGAGACACAGAACAUAGUCACAGAGAAUGAGAUCAGUUCAGAGACACAGAACAUAGUCACAGAGAAUAAGAUCAGUUCAGAGACACAGAACACAGUCACAGAGAAUGAGAUCAGUUCAGAGACACAGAACAUAGUCACAGAGAAUGAGAUCAGUUCAGAGACACAGAACACAGUCACAGAGAAUGAGAUCGGUUCAGAGAUACAACAUGUUGAGGUACAGAGGGUUAAGAGUGAGGACCUAGGAGACUCGGGGAGAAGCUGCCAGCCUGACAUGUGUUCCUUGCUGAUGGAGAUUGGAGCUAUAAAGUCUACAGUGGCUAACCUACAGACAGAGAAAGAAGUUCAAAGAUCCCAGCUGAGCACCACAGUGACUGAGCUGAGAAACGUGGAGGGUAGACUGAGCACCACAGAGACUGAGCUGAGAAACGUGGAGGGUAGACUGAGCACCACAGGGACUGAGCUGAGAAAGUUGGAGGGUAGACUGAGCACCACAGUGACUGAGCUGAGAAACGUGGAGGAUAGACUGAGCACCACAGAGACUGAGCUGAGAAACGUGGAGGGUAGACUGAGUGUCAGUGAAAGCCAGGUGGAGGAGCUGAAGGAGAAUGCAGCCAAACCAAAGGGGACAUUCUAGGCUGGCCAUGGAGCUGACGGGGACUACAGACCCUUCAACACAAUGACCACCCUGGUCUACAGAAAGCUUCACCAACAUUGGCAACAACUCACAGCCAGAAAACAGAACAUCUUUACAUGCUGAAGAAUAUAGACAUUUGUACUGCACAUUGUGUUCUCAUAUGUUUCUUACUGGUGAAAUAGAAAGUUUUACAUACACUUAGGCUGGAGUCAUUAAAUCAUGUUUUUCAACCA